UUCAUUUGCUCCAUCCCUCCCUAUAAAACCCAACUCUUCACACCCUUCUUUGUCACCACUCAAACCUCCACUUUCGCAUCCAAAAUUAAGACAAUGGGUUUUUCUGCUACAUCACUCACCGUCGAUCAGGGCGACGGCGCUUCGAUCUCCGCCGUCCAUCCCGACAUAAUCAUGGCCCACAUCUUCACCCGCCUCGACGGCCAGACCUUGGCCUCCGCCUCCUGCGCAUCCUCCCAAUUACACGCCUUCUCCACAGAAGGAAAACUCUGGCGGGACAUCUGCUCUGCCACGUGGCCUUCCGUCGCCGAUCCACGUGUCGACGACCUCAUUUCCACUUUCCCAGCCGGUCACCGCUCGUUCUACUCCGACUCUUUCCCGCUCCUCGACAACUCUCCCUCCCAAUUCGAUCUCAGCCGUCCGUCUUCACCUCCCACCACGGAGCUAAUCUCCGCCGUCGAUAUCUUUUACAAAGACCAGCUGAUUUUCUCCAAGGUUCAAGAGUCCGAGACCGAAUCCGGGUGGUUCCUCUGCUCGCCUUUCCGGGUUGACUUACUUGACCCGAAAGAAACAGUUCCGACACCAAUCCGCCAAGUCGGAGAAGACCAGGCGUCGCUGAAGCAAUUGGAGGAGAACUUGAGUUUGAGCUGGAUCGUGAUCGACCCGACCAGGAAGCGGGCGGCGAAUUUUUCGAGCCGGAGGGCGGUUACGGUGCAGCGGCAUUGGUUGACCGGGGAGAUACAGUUGCGGUUCGCGACGAUUUUGGCUGGGGAGAAGAGAGGGGAGUUCGUGCAGUGCGGGAUGGUGGUCACGUGCAAUUGGAGCGAAGGCGGGGAGCUGCACGUGAGGGAGGUGAGCAUGCAGGUGGAGGGCAUGGAGGGGAAUCAUUUGAACGGGAGGGAGAGUUUGGUAAUUUUGGAGAGGGCGAUCGAGGGAGGGAAGAGGAGGAAGGAGGUGAAGGGGAAGGGGAGAUUUGAGGAGUAUUUGGAGAUGAAGAGAGAGAGAAGAGAGAGAAACGAGAGGAGAGAGAAGACUUUGGACAUGAUCUGCAUUGCCACUGGGGUUACUAUUUUCUUCACCUUUUGGUCCUUCGUCUUGUUCAGAUAGAGAGAUGCAUCAUAUCAACCCAGAAGCAAAAACAGUUGGGUUUGAUUUACAGUUAUUACAGUUUAAUUCUUUAAACGAAAAAACAAAAUUUCAUAUACAAAAUGGAUAUUGAUUAUAUAAUCUUUUUUUUUUUUUUUUUACAUAUGUGAUUAUGUAUGUAGCUAUAUACACCAUUGGAUUGGUUCAAAUUAAAUGAAAGAUGUGCCCCUUUUUCUAUUAUAAAUCUCUUUAUUUACA